CGGGCCCGGGAGAGGCGCCGCGCCCGGUCCCGCGCCCGCUCGCUCGGCGGCCGACGACGAUGUGCCCGGCUCGUGCUUUGCCCGCGUCCUCCCUAAGACGAUUUCCAUAGUAACCCGAUCAAGUGGCUCAGGACCGUGCAAACCUGAGGAUUUCGGCGGCCCCGCCGGCGUUGACCUCGGCCAGGUGUAUAGGAGUACUGUACUUUUGUAUUGAAAUGGAGAAGAUUGAAGAGAGGAAGAGGUAGCAGUUGGAGAUGAUGUUCCUGGAUGAAUAGUUCACUUAGGAGAAGUCAGCAUUACAGAACGCUAUGCUGGUUUGGAAGGAGCUGGAACUAAAUUGCAAACUUUCCUUUUGUCAUUUGAUCCAUGGAUUUUUUAAUUGGUUCUUGGAAGAGAUGAAGUUUGAAGCCAGCGUGUGAUGGGACAUGUGGCAUGCCAGUGUUUUUCUACUCACUGCCUCUUGGAUUAGUUUGCUGCCAUUUUGACGAGAUUGCAUUUUGUAGGGCGAGGACCUAAUGUGAUGGAUUUAUCUUCAGAAAUGAAUAGACAUGGGAAGAAUCCGGUGAGUCACAAGCUGGAAGACCAGAAGAAGAUUUAUACUGACUGGGCCAACCACUACCUGGCAAAAUCUGGCCACAAGCGGCUGAUUAAGGAUUUGCAGCAGGACAUUGCAGACGGGGUCCUUCUGGCUGAGAUCAUCCAGAUCAUCGCCAAUGAGAAAGUGGAAGAUAUCAAUGGAUGUCCUAGGAGUCAUUCUCAGAUGAUUGAAAAUGUUGAGGUCUGCCUUAGCUUUCUAGCAGCUCGCGGAGUCAAUGUCCAAGGCCUGUCGGCUGAAGAAAUAAGAAAUGGAAACUUAAAAGCCAUUCUAGGACUGUUUUUCAGUUUGUCUCGCUACAAGCAGCAACAACACCAUCAACAGCAGUAUUACCAGUCCUUGGUGGAGCUUCAGCAGCAAGUGACUCACACUGCUCCUCAGUCGGAACCCAGUCAGGUCAAAACCCAGCAAGAUAUGCAGUCUAGUCUGACAGCCAGAUAUGCAGCUCAGUGUAAUCACAGUGGAAUUGCAACCAGUCAGAAAAAGCCUACUAGGCUUCCAGGGCCCUCUAGGGUGCCAGCUUCAAGCAGCAGCAACAACAAGGCUCCAGGAGCCUCCAACCUGAAUAGGAGAAGUCAGAGCUUUAACAGCAUUGACAAAAACAAGCCUCCAAAUUAUGCAAACGGAAAUGAGAAGGAUUCCUCCAAAGGACCUCAACCAUCUUCAGGUAUCAAUGGAAACACACAGCCUCCCAGCACUGCUGGGCAACCCCCAGCCUCUGCCAUCCCUUCCCCAAGUGCCAGCAAGCCCUGGCGCAGCAAGUCCAUGAAUGUCAAGCACAGUGCCACCUCCACCAUGCUGACAGUGAAGCAGGCGAGCCCAGCCACCUCGCCCACACCAUCUUCAGACAGACUGAAGCCUCCUGCCACAGAAGGGGUUAAAAGUGCUCCCUCGGGACAGAAAUCUAUGCUUGAAAAAUUCAAGCUGGUUAACGCCCGGACUGCAUUGCGCCCCCCUCAGUCUCCCAGUUCGGGACCUAGUGAUGGUGGGAAAGACGAUGAUGCCUUUUCUGAAUCUGGAGACACGGAAGGUUUUAAUAGUGGCUUGAAUAGCGGUGGCUCAACAAAUAGCAGUCCCAAAGUGUCACCUAAAUUAACGCCUCCGAAAGCAGGAAGCAAAAAUUUCAGCAAUAAAAAGUCUUUGCUGCAGCCAAAAGAAAAGGAGGAAAAGAACAGGGACAAAAAUAAAGCCUGCACUGAGAAGUCCGGAAAGGAAGAGAAGGACCAGGUUACUGAGACAGCCCCCAAAAAGACCUCUAAAAUCGCAAGCUUGAUCCCCAAGGGCAGCAAGACCGCAGCAGCCAAGAAAGAGAGCUUAAUUCCAUCAUCCAGUGGGAUCCCAAAGCCAGGGUCAAAGGUACCCACGGCAAAGCAAAGCAUUUCACCCAGCAGUGCAGCAAGCAAAGAGUCUGAAAAGUUCAGGACUACCAAGGGAAGCCCUUCUCAGGCCUUCCCCAAGCCCAUCACCACAGAGAAAGCAAGCACACAUGGCUUCUCCGCUCCCCAGGAGGGGAGGGAAGCUGGCCAUGCAUCCCCCUCUAGCUCCUGUGGCGUGCAGGUGGCACACAGCAGUGGACAGAGCACUGGCAAUGGAGCCGUCCAGCUCCCCCAGCAACAGCAGCAUAGUCACCCCAACACUGCCACGGUGGCUCCCUUCAUUUACAGAGCACAUUCAGAAAACGAAGGCCCCUCUUUACCAUCAGCUGACUCCUGUACCAGCCCCACAAAAAUGGACUCUUCAUAUAAUAAGACGGCUAAGCAGUGCCUAGAAGAGAUCUCUGGUGAAGACCCUGAAACAAGAAGAAUGCGCACAGUCAAGAACAUAGCGGACCUGAGACAGAACUUGGAAGAGACCAUGUCCAGUCUUCGUGGGACCCAGAUAAGUCACAGCACCCUGGAGACAACAUUUGAUACUACCGUGACAACUGAAGUAAAUGGAAGGACCAUCCCCAACCUGACAAGCCGACCUACUCCCAUGACCUGGAGACUGGGUCAGGCAUGUCCUCGUCUUCAGGCUGGAGAUGCCCCCUCCAUGGGCGCUGGAUACCCUCGAAGCGGUACCAGCCGGUUCAUCCACACGGACCCCUCCAGGUUCAUGUAUACAACACCUCUCCGAAGAGCCGCUGUCUCCCGUCUGGGAAACAUGUCACAAACAGAUAUGAGCGAGAAAGCAAGCAGUGACCUGGACGUGUCUUCGGAAGUGGAUGUUGGUGGGUACAUGAGUGACGGAGACAUCCUUGGGAAGAGUCUGAGAGCUGAUGACAUCAACAGUGGGUACAUGACAGACGGCGGGCUCAGCCUCUAUAGCAGAAGUUUGAACCGAGUACCAGACACAGCAGUUUCCAGGGAUGUCAUCCAGCGGGGGGUUCAUGACGUGACAGUGGAUGCUGACAGCUGGGAUGAUAGCAGUUCAGUGAGCAGUGGUCUCAGUGACACACUUGAUAACAUCAGCACAGAUGACCUGAACACAGCAUCCUCCCUCAGCUCUUACUCCAACAUCACUGUCCCCUCCAGGAAGAACACUCAGCUAAAAACAGAUGCAGAGAAACGUUCAACACCUGAUGAAACCUGGGAUAGUCCAGAGGAUCUGAAGAAGAGCGAAGAAGAUUUUGACAGCCACGGUGAUGGAGGUACCAAGUGGAAGGGCGCUACCUCUGGACUGGCUGAAGACCCAGAGAAGACAGGACAGAAAGCCAGCCUGUCUGUGUCUCAGACAGGCUCUUGGAGGAGAGGCAUGUCUGCCCAGGGAGGAACCCCAGCUAGGCAGAAAACCAGCACGAGUGCACUCAAGACCCCUGGGAAGACUGAUGAUGCCAAAGUGUCAGAGAAAGGGAAAACUCCCCUGAAAGGGUCAUCCUUGCAAAGGUCUCCUUCGGAUGCAGGAAAAAGCAGCGGAGAUGAAGGGAAAAAGCCACCCUCGGGCAUUGGAAGAUCCUCAGCCAGCAAUUCUUUUGGGUAUAAGAAGCCAAGUGCUGUAGGCUCCUCGACUAUGAUUACCAACAGUGGGGCCACAAUAACCAGUGGCUCAGCAACACUGGGGAAGAUCCCCAAAUCGGCUGCCAUUGGUGGGAAGUCCAAUGCAGGAAGGAAAACCAGCCUAGAUGGGUCCCAGAAUCAAGAUGAUGUUGUCCUGCACGUGAGCUCCAAGACCACCCUCCAGUACCGCAGCUUGCCCCGUCCUUCCAAGUCUAGCACCAGCGGUAUCCCUGGGCGAGGUGGCCACAGAUCCAGUACCAGCAGCAUCGAUUCUAACGUCAGCAGCAAGUCAGCGGGGGCCACCACCUCCAAACUUAGAGAACCCACUAAGAUUGGCUCAGGGCGCUCGAGUCCGGUCACUGUCAACCAAACAGACAAAGAGAAGGAAAAAGUCGCAGUGUCCGAUUCAGAGAGUGUUUCAUUGUCAGGUUCCCCCAAAUCCAGCCCCACCUCUGCCAGUGCUUGUGGUGCGCAAGGGCUCAGACAGCCAGGGUCCAAAUAUCCAGAUAUUGCCUCACCUACAUUUCGAAGGUUGUUUGGUGCCAAGGCAGGUGGCAAAUCUGCCUCUGCACCUAAUACCGAGGGGGUGAAAUCCUCCUCAGUACUGCCCAGCCCUAGUACCUCAUUAGCGCGACAAGGCAGUCUGGAGUCACCGUCGUCUGGUACGGGCAGCAUGGGCAGUGCUGGUGGGCUGAGCGGCAGCAGCAGCCCUCUCUUCAAUAAGCCCUCAGACUUACCUACAGAUGUUAUAAGCUUAAGUCACUCCUUGGCUUCCAGCCCAGCAUCGGUUCACUCUUUCACAUCGGGUGGUCUUGUGUGGGCUGCCAAUCUGAGCAGUUCCUCUGCCGGCAGCAAGGACACUCCGAGUUACCAGUCCAUGACUAGUCUCCAUACGAGCUCUGAGUCAAUUGACCUGCCCCUCAGCCAUCAUGGCUCCCUGUCUGGACUGACCACAGGCACUCACGAGGUGCAGAGUCUGCUCAUGAGAACGGGUAGUGUGAGAUCUACUCUCUCAGAAAGCAUGCAGCUUGACAGAAAUACACUACCCAAAAAGGGACUAAGAUACACCCCAUCAUCUCGGCAGGCCAACCAGGAAGAAGGCAAAGAGUGGCUACGUUCCCAUUCCACUGGAGGGCUGCAGGAUACUGGCAACCAGUCACCGCUGGUCUCCCCUUCUGCCAUGUCGUCUUCAGCCACGGGAAAAUACCACUUUUCCAACUUGGUGAGUCCCACCAACCUGUCUCAAUUUAACCUUCCUGGACCCAGUAUGAUGCGCUCCAACAGCAUUCCCGCCCAAGACUCCUCCUUCGACCUCUAUGAUGACGCCCAGCUUUGUGGGAGCGCCACAUCUCUGGAAGAAAGGCCACGUGCUAUUAGCCACUCAGGUUCAUUCAGAGACAGCUUGGAGGAAGUCCAUGGCUCUUCCCUGUCAUUGGUCUCUAGCACGUCUUCUCUUUACUCUACGGCUGAAGAAAAGGCUCAUUCAGAGCAAAUUCAUAAGCUACGGAGAGAACUGGUUGCAUCCCAGGAGAAAGUUGCUACCCUCACAUCUCAGCUGUCGGCGAAUGCUCACCUCGUAGCAGCUUUUGAGAAGAGUUUAGGGAAUAUGACCGGCCGACUGCAGAGUCUGACCAUGACAGCAGAACAAAAGGAAUCGGAACUCAUAGAACUACGGGAAACAAUUGAAAUGCUGAAAGCCCAGAACUCUGCUGCCCAGGCGGCUAUUCAGGGUGCGCUGAAUGGCCCAGACCACCCUCCCAAAGAUCUCCGCAUCAGAAGACAGCAUUCCUCUGAAAGCGUUUCUAGUAUCAACAGCGCCACCAGCCACUCCAGCAUUGGCAGUGGUAAUGAUGCCGACUCCAAGAAAAAGAAAAAGAAAAACUGGCUGAGAAGCUCUUUCAAACAAGCCUUUGGGAAGAAAAAGUCCACGAAGCCGCCUUCCUCACAUUCGGAUAUUGAAGAGCUGACAGAUUCCUCUCUGCCAGCAUCCCCCAAGCUACCCCACAAUGCUGGCGACUGUGGUUCCACAUCCAUGAAGCCCUCCCAGUCGGCCUCAGCGAUUUGUGAAUGCACGGAGGCCGAGGCCGAGAUCAUUCUGCAGCUGAAGAGCGAGCUCAGAGAAAAGGAAUUAAAAUUAACGGACAUCAGGCUGGAGGCCCUCAGCUCAGCUCACCAUCUUGAUCAGAUCCGAGAAGCCAUGAACCGGAUGCAGAACGAAAUUGAAAUAUUGAAAGCUGAAAAUGACCGGUUGAAGGCAGAAACCGGUAACACAGCUAAACCUGCUCGGCCUCCAUCUGAGUCCUCCAGCACCGCAUCAUCCUCUUCCUCUCGCCAAUCCUUAGGGCUUUCGCUCAACAACCUGAACAUCACAGAGUCCAUUACCUCAGAUAUUUUGCUAGAAGACACUGGUGAUGCAACUGGACAUAAGGAUGGCCGCAGUGUGAAGAUUAUAGUCUCCAUAAGCAAGGGCUAUGGUCGAGCAAAGGACCAGAAGUCUCAGGCUUAUUUGAUAGGAUCCAUUGGUGUGAGUGGAAAAACGAAAUGGGAUGUCUUAGAUGGUGUCAUUAGGCGUCUCUUUAAGGAAUAUGUGUUCCGAAUCGACACAUCCUCUAGUCUUGGUCUGAGCUCUGACUGUAUCGCUAGCUACUGUAUAGGAGAUUUAAUUAGAUCCCAUAACCUAGAAGUGCCUGAACUGCUGCCUUGUGGAUACCUGGUUGGAGAUAAUAAUAUCAUCACUGUGAACUUGAAAGGGGUAGAAGAAAAUAGUCUGGACAGUUUUGUUUUUGAUACCCUGAUCCCCAAACCAAUUACCCAAAGGUACUUUAACUUGCUGAUGGAGCACCACAGAAUUAUACUCUCAGGACCAAGUGGUACUGGAAAGACCUAUUUAGCCAACAAGCUUGCUGAAUAUGUAAUAGCCAAAUCUGGGAGGAAAAAAACAGAGGAUGCAAUUGCUACUUUUAAUGUGGACCACAAGUCAAGUAAGGAAUUGCAGCAGUAUCUUGCCAACCUGGCUGAGCAGUGCAGUGCUGACAAUAAUGGCGUGGAGCUCCCCGUUGUCAUCAUUCUGGAUAAUCUUCACCACGUGGGUUCUUUGAGUGAUAUCUUCAAUGGUUUCCUCAACUGUAAAUACAACAAAUGUCCUUAUAUUAUUGGAACAAUGAAUCAGGGAGUCUCUUCGUCACCAAAUUUAGAGCUACAUCACAAUUUCAGGUGGGUGUUGUGUGCAAACCACACAGAACCAGUGAAAGGCUUCUUAGGCAGGUAUCUUCGAAGGAAAUUGAUAGAGAUGGAAAUCGAAAGGAAUAUACGGAAUAAUGACCUAGUCAAAAUCAUAGAUUGGAUUCCUAAGACAUGGCAUCACCUCAAUAGCUUUUUGGAAACACAUAGUUCUUCUGAUGUGACCAUCGGUCCUCGGCUUUUUCUUCCUUGCCCCAUGGAUGUGGAAGGUUCUAGGGUGUGGUUCAUGGACCUUUGGAAUUAUUCCUUGGUACCUUACGUUCUGGAGGCAGUGAGGGAAGGCCUUCAGAUGUACGGGAAACGCGCCCCAUGGGAAGAUCCCUCCAAGUGGGUCCUUGAGACCUACCCGUGGAAUCCUGUAUCCUUGCCCCAGGAGGGCCCAGCACUACUGCAGCUGCGGCCAGAAGAUGUUGGGUAUGAAGGCUGCACAUCGACGAAGGAAGCCACAGCAUCAAAGCACAUUCCCCAGACUGAUACAGAAGGGGACCCCUUGAUGAAUAUGCUAAUGAAACUCCAGGAAGCAGCCAACUACUCGGGCACACAAAGCUGCGACAGCGAUAGCAUCCGCCACCACGAAGACGGUUUGGAUUCCUCACUUGAGUCCACUCUCUAAAGGGUGGGAGGAGCUAGGCGAAGGACGAUGCCUUUCAGAGGUGUUUUAAAGACAGGUAUUGUCACUAAACCACUGCCAGUAUGAAAGUCCCCUGUCCAGAGCCCUGACCCAGAGCAGUCGUGGCCUCCAAGGAGGCAGCAAGAUUAAGCUGGAAGCACUGAGAUGCUAAAUUUAAAUGGGAGCUUAGUUUAUUUUAUUCCUAGGCAUUUUAUAAUCAUGGAGUCAGCAAGGGCGCUCCAUUAUGUGACUGGAAAGGACCCUGACGACAGGGCAACCGAGUAGAUUGCACAUGGGAUAGCAGGCCGGACUUUAUUUUCUUCCUCUUUCAAAGUUUACAAUGCAGGACUUUUUUUUUUCCUUUUCUUGUCCUUUCUUUUUUUGUGCCUUUCUUUUGUUUCCUCUGAGGGACUGCCCUCCUCAGGCAGGGUCCGCUCUUCUGAUCCAUGCAACAGCCUUUGUGGCCACAUGGUGCUGGUGACAGGGAUGCAGUAGUGUCUGUGUUGUGCGCUCACUCCAUUGCAGAAUGACUCCAGGAGGCCAGUCCUCACCGUAAGCACAAAGGGAAUUGUGCAACCACCAGGAAAACACUACUGUGGCAAACGGGAAGGGCCAGCUUCCUUUUAACCGCUGUGUUCUCCCCGAGUGCGCUACCCCCCUUAGUGUAUGAGUCCUGGGUUUUAUAAGGUUGUUUUUACCACAGUGGUCUUUUUCAAACCACCUGCCCACUCCCUGAACCAGAGUUUUAUACCAAUUAUUAGUCAACACUGACAAAAGGCUUUUUUAGGGCUGUAUUUGUUUUUGCCUUUUCAGUGAAAGAAGGAACAUUUUCUAUGGUGCUGUCUCACUGCCUUAAACCAGAUUUCUCCAACAGUUUAACAGUUGGUUUCGAUCCUAAACCAUUGGUAAUUUCCACUGUCUCUUCAUUUACAACCAAGCAACACACCAGUUAACACAGCCUCACUCCUCGAGUUCGUUUUUCUUAUUUUCUUUUUCUUGAAAGAAAUGGAUAGGAGAAAAAUCAAUAUUUUUAUCUUAUGAAUAAAGAGAUUUCUUUGCCUAUCCUGCCAAUAAUUUGAGAACCCUAGAACCCCUCUGUGCCCAUCACUUCGAAGCAGAGACAUGUGGCUUUAUUCCAUCCAGGGCUAAAUGAAAGCAGUUCAGAAGGUGGGAGAUUUCUAACUCGGAUCCAGGUGAAAUACAAGCACUGGGUUCAGCAUGAGCACAACUCUUUCCUUCCCUCAUCUUUAUCUUUCCAAGAAAAGAAAAUGUUAGUUUUGACGCAUGUUGUUUUGAUUGCUAUUGUUGUACACGAGACAUUCGGCACUAAAGAACACUGAGGCAGUCAGCCACUGUGGAAGAGGAAGCAUUUAUACUGUACAAAACGGUUAGAUUUGCACACUCUACUGGGUAGGUAUUGUAAAUAAUGAUUUUCCUUUCCUUCAAACUUGCACAAAAUCAAAACUAACACAAAAUUGUAUCUUAUCCUGUUGGUGUUACGAGGUGUUCCACUUGCUGAGAUUUCCUGUAUGUUGCAAACCAAUGCAGAAUGCAACCCCUCGAAGCUGUUAUUAUCUGGUGUGUUUGUCCUGUACUUACAAGUUGUUGUGACAAUGCAGGAGCUCUCCGUGCUAGAGUGAGCAUGCUUCCAGACUGUACAUGAGGCCAGUACACUUUUGGAUGACUAACUGUCUGAAAGUACAUCUCUUGCGGCAGGCUAUGAAGACAGUGUGUGAAAACUGAUCAGUCACUGGCAAAGUGACACCACCCACAGAGGAUGGGUUCAAAGUUUAGGAAACUUAAGGUCUAUGCCAUGGUAUAGAUGUAGCUCUGUGCGCCUUUUGGGACAUGUUAUUGGUGCUACCUUCUGUGACCAUCUAUGGGUUGGUUUCUCUAGAGCAAAAUUAACAACAUGAGGUAUCUGUGCAGAUUUCAGAGUGUCAUUAAGUUAAUGGGUCGUCACAUGGUGCUAUUGCCCCGAGGGAAAUCAGACUGAACUUGUGCACACAGAAUUGUCACCCCGACUUUGAAGCCUCAACUUUGGAUCAAAUCUGCCGUGCAACAUCAAUGCACGUAGCUGGAUGAGUGACUAGUUGCCCUUGUAUGAUAUGUCAUCUAAGGACAUUGCUAAUCUUUCCCUGCCAUUUCGAGAAACACGGUCCACACAUGAGCAUCAACAGAACUUCCUGCAAUACAUCCCAGUAGGUACGCCUAGUUUACAACAUAAACUAGUUUGUGAAACAUUUGUCUGUAUACAUUUUAUAUUUUGUACAUUUUUGGAUGUAACAUAUCAUGUAAAUAGGCAGAAGCAGUGAAAGAAAUCACCUGAGAAAUUUUGUAGUCUUUGUAAAGCCCCAACAAUCAGUACCUGGUGUCAAUGGACCUUACUGAAUGAUGUAUUUUCUAUUGGUUUAUUGUUCCUCUAGCUUGUAAACCAGCUUGCAUAUAUUUUUUUGCAAAUGUGCACCCUGUAUCUGUCUAAAUUAUUACUUUGCCAUUAAAGUGGAAUUAUUUAUUGACAACAAGGUGUGGUGUCUGUGUAUGGGGAAAUUUUAAAUGGUGAUGUGUAGGGACGUGUCAGACUUUAAAAUGCUGCCUCACUAUUAACAUGCCCUCAGAAGGGAUCUUUGUGAACCUCUAUUUUAUAAGCAUCAUCAGAAGGGCUCCAAAGGUUCAAGUACAUACAUGCAACUAUAUGCAGUAUAUAUGUAGCUCCGAAAGUGAGACUUAAUUUAUCCAGUGAAUAUUUUUUGCAAAUUCCAAUAUGCCUGGAUG